CCCAUCUUCAUUGCCCCACCAGCGGAACAUCAUGUCAGAAAUGGAGGAUUACUCUCCUCCGAGAGGCCACCCUCAUCCUGACCCGGCCCGCAUCCAGCAGAACCUCCUGGAGGAGCAGGUGGAGCUCUGGUGGUUCAGUGAGCCUCGCAAAUCCCUAUUAUGCUACUGUGCCUCGGUGGCCUUGAUCUUGGGCUGCGGCCUAGGAGGCGUCGGCCUGCUCUCCACCACCACCAGCUUGUCCAGCGAGUGGCGUUUGGGUGCGGGAACCGCUCUUUGUCUUCUCGCUCUGGCUGUCCUACUAAAGCAGCUGUUAAGUUCCGCCGUCCAAGACAUGAACUGCGUGAGAAGCAGACGACGGAUCAACAUGCUAAAGAGCGGAGGUUUGUCGGACAUCCUCAUUAUGUUGAUCACAGGAGCCUCUCUGCUUAUUUGUGGCGCUGUGCUACUGGAUAUGGCCUUGGCGUACCACAUGCCCAAACCUGGCAAGGCACUCAAUGACAUGUAUAUUUCCGGGGUGGUGAUGCUGGCAGGAGGGAGUUUUACAGUGUUUGCCGUUGGAAUUUACGCUGCAGUAGCUUUCUUCUUGGAGAGGACAGGGCCGGGACAGAGACGCUGGGAAAGGACAGUGCGAGUCUUCAGUAUUUCAGCACAGAUGCAGGGGAGACGAGAGACUGCAUCAAGUCUGGCUCGUCUCAUAUAACUGUGACUGCAAAAUAAAU